UGUUGCUCUUCUACACUUUGACAAUCAAUUUUAGAAUUAUUUAGCUCUUUUAUACUUUUACUGGAGUUCAGCUGUGAGUGGGGCGUAGAAGGAAGGGUGAAAAUUGGUGAAAGGUGAGGGCAGAUGCCACUAGUCUCCCCACUUUCCUAGCCCAACCCCCUUCCAAGCUGAAGGUGAACUGGAAUCUACCACUGCAUCGUGUCUCCCCUAUUUUCUUAGCCUUUAUUUUACAGAUUGAGAAAAUAAAGUUUCUUCAGGGGUCAGCUGAAUGGCCGAAAGCUGGUUAGAUCACACUUAAUCGGACCAUUUUAGCUGGCUUCUUGGCUCAUUCAAGCCUGCCAACCUCUUCCCCUCUAUUCGGUGUACCCUGCUCAGCCCACAUUCUCUCCUCCCCUGCCCCGCCCCCAGCGUCCCUGCGUAGCAACGUGCAAGCCGCUGGCCACCGUUCAAAGCGUGCGGGGAGUGGGCCUCGGCAGAGUACCGCGUGCUGCGCAGGCGCGAGGGAGGCACCAGAGCCGCUAUCAUGGCCUGCGUCAACCCCGUGCCUAAACUCUAUAGAUCUGUAAUUGAAGAUGUAAUUGAAGGAGUGCGGGAUCUAUUUGCUGAAGAAGGUAUAGAGGAGCAAGUUUUAAAAGUCUUGAAGCAGCUCUGGGAAACAAAGGUUUUGCAGUCUAAAGCAACAGAAGACUUCUUCAGAAAUAGUACACAUUCACCUGUGUUCACCCUUCAGUUGCCAAACAGCUUGCACCAAACGUUACAGUCAUCAACAGCAUCACUAGUUAUUCCUGCUGGUAGACCUCUUGCCAGUUUUACUACAGCAGAACUGGGCGCCUCAAACUCUAGUGCAGGCUUCACUCUUCCUGGUUAUCCUAUUCAUGUACCAGCAGGUGUGACACUACAGACUGCAUCUGGUCACCUUUAUAAAGUCAGUGUACCAAUUAUGGUGACACAGACUUCUGGAAGAGCAAGUAUUCUUCAUCCAGUUCAGCAAGUAUUUCAGCAGCUGGGACAGCCUUCCAUGAUACAGACCUGUGUUCCACGAUUGAACCCAUGUUCUCUCCAAGCAACUACUGAAAAAUCUCAGAGACUAGAAACUGUGCCCCAGCAACCUCCAAUUCUUCAUUCUGGGGUAGUGCAUAGGAAACAUUUUGAAAAUGCCACCAGUGAUAUACUUGUACCUUCUGGAAAUGAGCGUGAAAUCAUGUCUGAAGCUCUGUUGAGUCAGCUGGAAAGCUCUCAGUAUAUCAGUGUUCCAGGUGUUAUGUUUCCUCCACAGGUCUCUCAGACAGGUUCUCCUGUGGAGCCAGUGCUCCGUGUUUCAGCCAGCGUGACUCAAAAUCUGAAUGGUGGGCCCCUCUCCACGGGCCGACCAGGCGCCCAGCACCAGCACAUGACUGAUACUCAGCUUCAUGUUCUUAAAAAUAGGAUGUUUGGAUGUGAUUCUUUAAAGCAGCCAAGAAAUACAGAGGAGCCCAGCAGCCUGCCUGUCUCAGAAAAGGAGUCUAAUUCUCAGAUGGAUUUAAGCAAUCAGGUAACUGAUGAUGAUAUUAAUGAGAUAAUUCAAAUAGAUGGAACCGGUGAUACAUCUUCCAAUGAUGAAAUAGGAAGUACAAGAGAUGUAGAUGAGAACGAAUUUCUGGGGAUUGUUGAGGCAGGAGACCUGAAGGUACUUGAAGAAGAAGCUGACAGUAUAUCAAAUGAAGAUUCAACUGCCAAUAGUAGUGAUAAUGAAGACCCUCAAAUAGACGUUGUAGAAGAGGACCCUUUAAAUUCUGGAGAUGAUGUUAGUGAGCAGGAUGUGCCAGACCUGUUUGACACGGAUAAUGUAAUUGUCUGCCAGUAUGACAAGAUUUCCCUAUUCUGGAGUUUCAUAUGAAAAGAAUCCUAUAAUAUGUGGUCUUUUGUGACUGGCUGCUUUUACUCCAUACAGUGUUUCAAGAUUCGUCCAUGUCAUAGCAUGUGACAGUUCUUCAUUCUUUUUUAUUGCUGAAUACUAGUCCAUUGAAUACAUAUACCACAUUUUGUUUAUCCAUUCAUCUGUUGAUGGACAUUUGGAUUGUUGCCAUUUUUGGCUAUUAUGAAGAAUUCUGCUUUAAACAUUCACAUAGAAGUUUUUGUGUGAACAUAUAUUUUUAUUUCUCUUGGAAAUUUCUGGGUUAUGUGGUAAUAGUUUGAGGGGCUACCAGACUGUUUUCCAAAGUGGCUCUACCAUUUUCCAUUCCCACCAGCAGUAUAUGAGGGUUUAGAUUCCUCCACAUUCUCACUAAUGCUUGUUAUCUGACUCUUUGAUUCUAGCCAUCCUAGUUGGUGUGAAGUGGUAUCCCAUUGUGGUUUUGAUUCGCAUUUCCGUGAUGACUAAUGCAUAUUUACAUCUUUGCCUUUUUUUCGGUAACAAUUCCAAUAUACUCAAGAGAAAUAGGGGAUGGUGUUUUGAAUUGUUAUAAAAAUAAAUCCUUUUCUCUAAAGAUAAGAUUGUUUUCUCCUUUAUAACAUUUCAUAUAGAUAGAAAAUGGCAAUUUAGAUGCUGGUAAACAUAAGCAUAUGAAGAAAUAGGUAAUAUAAAAGAGAGCGUUUCUUAGUUUGAAACUUAUUUUUGUUUCUUAUAAGCAGUGUAUUGCCUUCCAUGAAGAAAACACUAAGGCACUAAGUUAUGUAUGCAUUCCAUAGAGUCACAGAGAAUUUUCUAGACUGUUAUGGAUAUAGUAUCCUUUGUUAUACUGCAUUGUGGGAAAUAGCUUGUAAUUAAUUGCAUAGUGCUUUGUACUUUUCAAAGUGUUUUCUCCCACAUUGUCUUUUACCUCUUAACCACUUUUGGGGUACACAGGAGUGAUAUUAGGUGUAUAGUGCUAACAAAUCUAGUUGUUUGAGGGUCCUAACUGAGAGUUAUUUUAAAAACAGUACUAAAUGUUUUAAACCAUGGCACUGGGGAGCCCUUGAAUUGGUCUUAAAAGGGACUGAUGAAGUCAGAAGAUAGCUAGCAGAGAAAAUGUAUCUAUAAGGUCAAAGUGGGAUGGCAGGGACCACUGCCAACAGUGGAUUUUUAUGAAAGAGUAUCUUCCCAGUUCUUGUUCAAGUAGUAUUUAAUAUAACCAAACUCAAGUAAAUUGAAAGACUUUUCAGUAGUCUUUUAAGAGCUUUUACUAGUCAGCAUGUUUUGAAGGCCAAUAGUAUCACUUUGUCUGGGAGAGUUCCAAAUGCAGGAUUUUGAGUCUUAUCCCAGGGUACUGGAUCAGAAUGUGCAUUUUAACAAGACCCUGAGGUGAUUUGCAUGCUUAUUAAACUUUGGGAAGUGCUGUUUUUGUUUUUAGUAUAUCUUAUCUGGCUUUGACUACCAUAUGGAAUUUACCUUUGAAAUUUAUAAGUUAACAAUUGGGGAAAGCUUUGAAAGUAUUAAGAUGUGCUAUGAAAAAGGGUUAAAUGAAGGUCAUUGGUCACCAUGCUGAGUGAGAAUUAAAGGAUACAGUUAUGUUAUUUCAGAGGCUUAGAGAAUGACCAAGAUUAGUAUAAAGGUUAAAGUAAUAAUGAUAUAUAGGGAAGAUUAAUGGUGAAAUGAAACCUUUUACUAUAGAUGAGAGUGUUCUAUGCCAUAAAUAGGACACUAUAGUGCAUUGUAAAACCAUUUGAAUAUGUUGUAUCUUCAUGUAACAGUUUAGCAAACUUUAGUUUAUAGCUGUCCUUGUCUAUUAGAUGCUGGUACAAUGAGUAAUUGCUACGUAUGUAACACAGUAUGUUUCUCUUUAAAUAUAUAUGCUUUGUUUUCUGAAUAGAUACUGUAUACACAUAUGUUAAUCAAAACACUAUAAAAGGUAUACCAUGAAGUCUGGUUCUUACUCCUUCACUACUUACGCUGCCUACCAAUAGCUUUUGUCCCUUCUUUGAGCGUAAAAAAAAGUAACCAGAUACACUAGUUUCUUAAUAUAUUUACAGGGUGUUUUUAUUCAAAUACAAACCUGAAAGAUAGCCUAGACAACACUCUACUCUACACCUUGUCUUUUAAGACAUCAACAAUAUACCUUGGAGAUCUUCGUGCUAAUAUUUUUAUAGCUAUUAUAUAAUAUUCUACUGCAGAAUUAUUAAAGUUUAUUUUACCAAUCCCCAAGUGAUGAAUAUUUGAGUUCUUUUUCAGUCAUUUGCUAUUGAAUGAUCACAUCUAUAAUACAUCUCCUAUGUGUGCAGUUAUAUCUAUUAAAAAAAAUCCCCAGUGGGGUACCUGGCAGGCUCAGUCAGUAAAGCAUGCAACUCAGUCUUGGGGUUGUAAGUUCAAGUCCCACAUUAGGUGUGGAGAUUACUUAAAAAUAAAAUCUUAAAAAAAAAAUCCCCAGAAAUGGUAUUACUGGGUCAAAGGGCAAGUGUAUUUGGUCAGAUAUUGCUAAAUUGCUCUCCUAGACUAUCUUCCGGUAUAUAUUCCCAUUACAAUAUUUGAGAGUGCUGCUUUUCUUACAGCUUUGCCGAUAGAGUGUAAUAAAAUAUUUGGAUCUUUGCUGUUAUAAAAAGUAAAAAUGAUGUCUUGGUGAAAAUUUUAACUUCUCAUGUUUUUAAGGGCCAUUCAUAUUUACUUUUAUGUGAACUGCUUGUUCAUAACGUUUAUCUAUUUUUUUUAAAACAAUUGGAUUAUUGGUCUAUUUAUUGAUUUCUAAUAGCUCUGUAUUGUUUUGGGGAAGAUUGGCUCUUGGUAUAUGCAGAAAUGCUUUUCCUCAGAUGUUUGCUUUCAGUGCUUUUUCUUUCUUUGAUACAGAUGUUAUAUUUGUCAACCUUAAUUUUUAUGGCUUCUGAUUUUGAAUCAUAAUACAAAGUUCUUUCUUAAAAUUUUAAAUGGAUUCACUUAUGUUUUCUUCUAGUAUUUCUUUGGUUUCUUUUUCAAAAUAUAAGUUGUUUGAUUUGGUGUUUAUCUUGGAGUAUAAUGUAACGUAUGAUUCUGACAUUUUUUUUCCAGGUGGCUAUUCAGUUUUCCUAAUUACUGAAAAGUCUAUUUUGUCCACACGAAUAAGAAAAUGAUUCCUUUAUCAUCUACUAAAUUUCUCUCUAUAUUUGGGUCUACUACUUGAUUUUCCAUUUUGUCUCAUUGGUUUGUCCGUUGGCUUAUACUACCUUGAUUUAAUUAUUAAGAUUUGUAAUAUCUGGUAAAGUUAGUACUUCUUCAUGAAGCCAAGUGAGGAGACUAUUUCAAAGAGGAGAGAGUGUUGAAUGGUGUAGAUCAGUAUUUUAAAAAUUUAUUCUUAGCUAUUUUAUCUCUUUUGUUGUUAUGGUAAAAAGGCUCUUUCUUUGUAUCUUCUGACCAGUGCUUGUAUGCAUGAAGGCUAUGAGUUAAUGUGUAUUAAUUUUGUAUGAAUAGUGAAUUCUUAUUUAGUAAUUUUUAAUUGGUUAUUUUAGGUUUUUCAGACAUGCAAUCAUUGCAUCUGCAAGUCUUUUUUAUCUUUUCCAAUUUUUAUAUUUCUGCUUCUUUCUUCUCAUCUACUUGCAUUGGCUAGUGUCAGUUGUACUUUCUUUCCUCUUACCUAAUUGUAUUAUUAGGUAGGACCUCUGGAGUAAAAACUCGGAUGAUCUUUGUCUGUGGGAUUUUAGUGGGAUUACUUUUAGGGUUCCCCACUAGCCAUGAAGACAGUUUUAUGCUGAGGUGGAGGUGUGUGUGUGUGUGUGUGUGUGUGUGUGUGUGCGCGUGCGCACACGUGUGUGUGUAGGAUGCAAUAUUUGAUUCUUACUGAGUUAAAAAAAAUCUAAAAUGCAUUAAUUUAUCAAAUACUUUGUCAGCAUCAUUGGAAUUUAUUAUAUGAUUUAUCUCCUUAGGUCUAGUAAUAUAGGUGUUAUAUUAAUAAAUUCCAAAUAUUGAACCAUUGUUGCAUUUCUAAAUAAAUGUCAGUGUCAUUGGAGUUUAUUAUAUGAUUUAUCUCCUUAGGUCUAGUAGUACAGGUGUUAUGUUAAUAAAUUCCAAAUAUUGAACCAUUGUUGCAUUUCUAGAAUAAAUAAACUAUUUAUGCACUAUUUCUAGAAUUAAGUUACUAGAAUGAGCUGUUGCUGCUGCUACUGUUCUCCUGAUUCUGGGCAGAUACUAUUACCUGUGCUGAGUUCAGGAUUCUGUGUCACUGUUGUGUUCCCAGGGACUUUUAAAGAUAUGUUCUAGUGUAAAUUUGGGAGUCAAACUCAGAGAAGAGAUUUUCCAUUAAUAGGAUUUCUUUCUCCACACCAAUAGGAGUUUAGCAUUUAUAUUUUCUUAUGUUUCACAAAAUAAAGCUGAAUACUGGUCACAGACUUUUCUUCUUUGAUUUGACUAUUUGCAGUAAAUAAGUGGGUUUAAUUUUUACCUUUGAUUUCAGAUCCUACAUUUAUAAGGUUUUUAAAUAGUCACUUGUGGUUUACCCAGAGGUAACAAUGAUUUUAUGGUUUCUUACCUCUUGAGGUAGUAGGAUUUUCUAGUUUUUAUUUUGUCCGUAAAUAGACUGAUUUAUUACAUCCAAGGAACUGCCAGUGGAAUCUAAUAGAUUAUAAGCUGUAUCUUCUGGUCUUGCUCAGCGCUUUACUGUGAAUUUCUCCUUCAAAAUGAAAGUCCUCUUUUUUUCAUUCCUGAUAAUAUUAACUACAUCCUCUCUAUUUAUUCCUUUGUAGACAUACUGAACUCUUUGCUGUUCUUGAUCAGUCCAGGUAUCUCCCUCCUCAGGGCUUUUGUGCUUCUGUUCCCUUUGCCUGGAAUUCUCUCUAGUCAGUAUCUUCUUGGCUUUAACCUUUACCUUCUUUAAGUCUUUGCUCAAAUGUUAGCUCAGAAGUCAGGCCCACCCUAAUGUCUUACUUGCAAUUGUAACCCACCUCUGUAUUUGCGGUCUUCCUUUUCCUGCUCUAUUUUUCAUAGCACUUAGUGUCUUUUAAUAUUCUUCAUAAUUUAGGUAUCUAUUAGGUUUCUGUUUCCCCCAUACUUACUAAAAUGUACACUACUCAAAGGUAGGAAUUUUUCCAGUUUUUACAAAGUAAUGUAUAAAAAUAUGAAUUUUUAUGACUAUACAUAUGUUUUUUUUUUAAAAUGUUUAUUUAUUUUUGAGACAGAGAGACAGAGCAUGAACGGGGGAGGGUCAGAGAGAGAGGGAGACACAGAAUCCGAAACAGGCUCCAGGCUCUGAGCUGUCAGCACAGAGCCCGACACGGGGCUCGAACUCAUAAACUGCGAGAUCAUGACCUGAGCCGAAGUCGGCCACUUAACCGACUGAGCCACCCAGGCGCUCCUGUUUUUGUUUUUUAAACUGAUAUAUCUGUGGUGCCUAAAACAAUGUCUGACAGACACAUAGGAAUCCAAAUAUUUGCUGAAUGAAUCAAUACUAUCUUGAGGUGGUUUUAUUUAUUUAUUUUUAUUAUAUGAAAUUUAUCGUCAAAUUAGUUUCCAUACAGCACCCAGUGCUCAUCCCAGAAGAUGCCCUCUUCAAUGCCCAUCACCUACCGAGGAGGUUUUAUUUUUAAAGAAGUCCCAUUUAGGGUCAGAACAAUCCCAUGUUAUGUGCAAAGUAUUGUAAAUUAUCC